GCCAUGGCGACCAGUGGGGACCCAGAGGAGGAGCAAGUAGUCCCAAGUGAGGAGGAUGAAGCCAGCGUGCGGGCAGUACAGGCCCGCUACCUCCGAAGCCCCUCCCCCAGCCAGUACUCGAUGGUCUCAGAUGCAGAAACAGAAAGCAUCUUUAUGGAGCCCAUCCACCUCUCCUCAGCCGUGGCCGCCAAGCAGAUCAUCAAUGAAGAACUCAAGCCACGGGGGGUCAGAGCUGACACAGAGUGUCCAGGCAUGCUGGAGUCUGCCGAGCAGCUGCUGGUGGAAGACCUGUACAACCGUGUCAGAGAGAAGAUGGAUGACACCAGCUUGUACAACACCCCCUGCGUCCUGGACUUACAGCGGGCGCUGGUGCAGGACCGCCAAGAGACCCCAUGGAAUGAAGUGGAUGAGGUCUGGCCCAAUGUCUUCAUAGCUGAGAAGAGUGUGGCUGUGAACAAGGGGAGGCUGAAGAGGCUGGGAAUCACCCACAUUCUGAAUGCUGCUCAUGGCACCGGUGUCUACACUGGCCCUGAAUUCUACACUGGCCUGGAAAUCCAGUACCUGGGUGUGGAGGUGGAUGACUUUCCAGAGGUGGACAUCUCCCAGCAUUUCCGGAAAGCUGCUGAGUUCCUUGAUGAGGCACUGCUGACCUACAGAGGAAAAGUCCUGGUCAGCAGUGAAAUGGGCAUCAGUCGGUCAGCAGUGCUGGUGGUGGCCUACCUGAUGAUCUUCCACAGCAUGGCCAUUCUGGAGGCCUUGAUGACCGUGCGUAAGAAGCGGGCCAUCUACCCCAACGAUGGCUUCCUGAAGCAACUGCGGGAGCUCAACGAGAAGCUGAUGGAGGAGAGAGAAGAGGACUAUGAAGGGGACGGGGGAGCAGACGAGAUUGAGGAGGGUGAGGACACAGGGAGCACGCUUGGGGCCAGAGUGCAUGCCCUGACAGUGGAGGAGGAGGACGACGUCACCAGCCACCUGAGUGGCUCCUCCUUGGGGAAGGCCAGCGGGGCCUCCAAGCCCCUCACCCUCAUUGAUGAAGAGGAGGAGGAGAAGCUCUAUGAGGAGUGGAAGAAGGGGCAGGGCCUCCCCCCAGGCAAGGGCCCCCAGGCUGGAGGUGGCCAGCGCUCAGCCUCCUUGGGCCAGGGGGAGGAGGAGCCUGAGGAUGAGGAUGUGGAGAGGCUCAUCCGGGAGUGGCAGAGCCGAAACGAGAGGUACCAAGCAUCAGGGCACCGGAGGUGGGGUAGGGAGGAGGAGGAGGAGAGCCAGGCUGGCUCCUUCUUGGGCAGGAGACGCAGGCACACCCUGAGCGAGAGCAGCACUUCGGAGAGCAUGAGUAGCCACGACAUUCGGGUCCUGAAGGAGCAGCUGGAGGUGAGCCGCAAGAGCCAGGCAGGGAGGCGCCGCUCUGACUCCGUGUCCUCAGACAGUACCUGGGACAUGUGGAACGAGAGGCUGCUAGAGAUCGAGAAGGAAGCUUCCCGGAGGUAUCACGCCAGGAGCAGGAGAGAGGAGACACACGCCGGCUCCGAGGCGGGCAACGGGCCAGAGGAUGACCGGCAGAGCGUGUGCUCCGAGGCCAGCUCCUUCUACAAUUUCUGCAGCAGGAACAAGGACAAGCUCACUGCCCUGGAGAGGUGGAAGGUCAAGAGGAUCCAGUUUGGGUUUCACAAGAAAGACUCCGAUGCAGGAGAGAGCAGCAGUGAGCACGGGGCAGAGGAUGGAGCGGGGGAGAAGCAGCCUUCUGACGUCAGCCUCUCGGCCUACCAGGCCUGGAAGCUGAAGCACCAGAAGAAGGUGGGCAGUGAGAACAAGGAGGAGCUGGUGGAGCUCAGCAAGGGGGAGGACUUGACCCUGGCCAAGAAGAGGCAGCGGAGGCUGGAGCUGCUGGAGCGAAGCCGGCAGACACUAGAGGAGAGCCAGUCUAUGGCGGGCUGGGAGGCAGACAGCUCGGUCACCAGCGGGAGCAUCCCCCUGUCUGCAUUCUGGUCCGCAACCCCCUCUGUCAGUGCUGAUGGGGACUCAGCAUCAGUACUCAGCACCCAGAGCCACCGCACCCACCUGUCCCAGGCCACAAGCAGCCCAGGGGGAUGCUCAGCUUCCCAUCCCACCACCCCCCUGCCCAACCUGCCGGUGGGGCCCGGAGACACCAUCUCUAUUGCCAGCAUCCAGAACUGGAUUGCCAACGUGGUCAGCGAGACCUUGGCUCAGAAGCAGAACGAAAUGCUGCUGUUGUCUCGCUCACCAUCCGUCUCAAGCAUGAGGGCAGCACCAGCGGCCAGCUGCCUGGGAGAUGACCAAGUCUCCAUGCUUAGUGGGCAGAGCAGCUCCUCCCUGGGCAGCUGCCUGCUGCCUCAGGGCCAGGUCAGACCCAGCUCCGACUCACAGUCUGUGCUGUCCUCCAGCACCACCCUGAGCUCAAAGGCAAGGGGGACCAGCAAGCCCAUCUACAGCCUCUUUGCUGACAACGUGGACCUAAGGGAACUUGGCCGGAAGGAGAGAGAGAUGCAGACAGAGCUGAGGGAAAAGAUGUCUGAGUACCAGAUAGAGAAGCUGGUCUCAGACAACAAACGCAGCACCCUUUUCAAGAAGAAGAAGGUCAGAGAAGAUGAGGAUGAUGGUCCAGGUGACAGGGAUGAGGACACUGACAGUGCCAUAGGGAGCUUCCCAUAUUCUUCCCGCAGUAAUUCCCAAAAACCUGAAACAGACACGUCAUCCUCCCUGGCUGUCUCUGAUCACUAUGGAAGUGGCAGCAGGGUUGGCAAAGAGAUGAAUGGCAGUAUUAAUAAGUGGCUCGGUGGCUUCGGGACAGAGGAGAAAUCUCUUCCCCAAAGCGAUUGGUCUGGAAGCUCCAGAGGGAAGUACACCAGGUCUUCCCUGCUCCGGGAGGCGGAGUCUAAGUCCUCUAGCUACAAGUUCUCCAAGUCCCAGUCAGAGGAGCAGGACACUGCCUCCUACCAUGAGGCCAAUGGCAACUCUGUAAGAAGUUCUUCAAGGUUCUCUUCUUCCUCCACCAGGGAAGGCAGAGAGAUGCACAAGUUCUCCAGGUCCACGUACAGUGAGACCUCGAGCUCCCGGGAAGAGAGCCCAGAGCCCUACUUCUUCCGCCGGACUCCCGAGCCCUCCGAAGGAGAAGAGUCCCCAGAGCCACCGCGCCCAAAUUGGACUAGGCCCAGGGACUGGGAAGAUGUGGAAGAGUCCUCCAAGUCAGACUUCUCUGAAUUUGGAGCCAAGAGGAAAUUCACCCAGAGCUUCAUGAAGUCUGAAGAAGAGGGAGAGAAAGAGAGGACAGAAAACAGGGAAGAAGGAAGAUUUGCAUCUGGGCGGCGGUCCCAAUAUCGGAGAAGCACUGACAGGGAGGAAGAGGAAGAGAUGGAUGAUGAAGCCAUCAUUGCUGCUUGGAGACGCCGGCAAGAGGAAACCAGGACCAAGCUGCAGAGGAGGAGGGAGGACUAAGCCAAGGACACCGGAGGAAACCAUUUGGCUUAGCACAGGGCUCAGGGCACACAGCGCCACCACCCGUCACGGAAUAAGGGUGCAGAGAGGAUCUUCCAGAGGGACAGAGCCAAAAGGAGAGGUACCAAGCAUAAGGGCACCCAUGUGGAGUGGGGAGGAGGAAGGAGGAGAGUCUCCAUGUGAGGUCCACCUAGACCAAGUGACACCAUUUUCCAUUGCUUGGUGCCCUCUAAACUUUGGUGUUUCCCCGAGUGUAUUUGACAGUGUUAAUCACAGACUAGAGAGGUGAGCUUGAAAUGUACUGAAGUUUGUCAGAGACUCCAGUUUACAUCCAGAAAGGCUAUGAAUAUAAGACACGGUUCUGUUUGAGGAGGUUUUAUAAUGAGACCCAGGAAAUCUAUGCUGUGGCAAGCCUGACCUCUCCUGGAAAUGCUCAGUUCUGAUUAUUGUUGUUUUUUAAUGUUUUUGACCUUC